AUGGCAGCAGCAGGAAGAGGCAGGAAGAGCUCGAGGGUUUCUCGCUCAGCUAACAAAGCAACCAGCUAUAAAAUCGAUACAGACGAGUUAGACAUUGAAGAUGAUGAAAAGGAUCAAGAGUACCCUGGACCAGCCAAUGAUGAUGAUUACGAUGAUGACCCAGAUGCUGAUAUCGAAAACGAGGGUAAACCAUCUCGUUCCAAGCGCAAGGCCGCUUCGAGCACACCUGUUCCAGUGGUACUAGCGACAAGAGGAAGGCCUUCAAAGAGGAAAAGAGAAGAAGAUUUGAACGAUCCCUUAAGACAGAAACUACCGUACCCAGUGGACGAAAACGGGUCUCCAUACCCAAUUGUGAAUGACGAGUAUUCAUUACCUGAGGAUCCAGAGGGUGAAACCAAGAUCACCAAGAAUGGUGAUCUUCUAGAGGGAAGACAAUUUGUAGUCAGAACUUUCACGGUACCUUCCAGAGGUGAAGUUAAAUACAUGCUUUCUACUGAGCCAGCCCGUGCCGUUGGGUUCAGAGACUCAUACUUGUUCUUCCAGUACCAUCCAAACCUAUACAAAUUGAUUAUCUCGCAAUCAGAGAGAGACGAUCUCAUCAAAAAUGGUGUAUUGCCCUAUUCGUACAGAAACAGAAUCAUUGCGCUAGUUACUGCAAGGAGUGUGUUCCGAGAAUUCGGAGCCAAGGUUGUUGUAGAUGGUAAAAACAUCACGGAUGAUUAUUACGCCGGUAAGCUUCGUGCAUCCGGGAAGGUGAAAGAGGGUACCCCAGCAAGAGAAACAUCACACACAAGUGUCACUGGAAGAAAUACCCUUGGAAUAGACAUUCCGCAACAAUUAUCCGUCAACCCAUCCAAAAAUGCAGUAGAAUUCUUUGACAAGAGAAAUCACAACAUCCCGGCAACAAGCAAUAUCUCAUCUACGAACUGGCUCUAUCAUCAUGCUGCUGCAUGCAGUAGAUUCAACAGUGAUCUUUUCUACGAUAGAGAACGCAUUCUUCUCAUCGAAAACCUCGGACUAAGAGAUACGUACACGAACGUCUUACAUAUACCACAAUCCACACAAUCGACGAGAGUGAUAUCAGUGAAGAAAGUGAAAGGAAACACAAGCCAAGUUAUGUACGAAACAAGAAUCAAAGCUCUUGACCUAGCAAGACCUUGCACCGGUCUUUCUGACGUCCCUACAUCGAUGUACGAAGACAUCUUGGACGAAGAUAUAGUCGCUGCUAUAGAAGAACAAAAGAGAUUCGAAACAAGCCUAUAA